AUGGACAAGUGUGAUUGUAAUAAUGGAUGGUUUGGAUCUGAUUGUUCAAUUCAUUCUUGUAAUGGAACCAGUUCACAAGAUUUACACAGUGUUUGUAAUAAUGGUAAUGGUCAGUGCAUUGGAACAGAGUUGUGUUUGUGUAACCAAAAUUGGGCUGGUCAGUUCUGUACUAUUCCUAAAUGUUUUGGCGUUAUUUCUACAGACGCUACAGUUUGCUCUACUCAUGGUAAUUGUACUGAUAUUAAUACUUGUCAAUGUAAUACAGGUUGGUUUGGAACUGAUUGUUCAAUUCACUCCUGCAAUGGAACUAGUUCACAAGAUUUAAAACACGUCUGCAAUGAGGAAAUGGAUUCACAAGAUGAGCAAAAUGUUUGUAAUGGAGGAAGAGGUCAAUGUAUUGGCACUGAUAUUUGCUCAUGUAAUGAAACAUGGACAGGUCAAUUCUGUGAAAUUCCAAAAUGUUUUGGAUUGAAUUCCAGUGAUAAUUCAGUUUGUUCCAGUCAUGGUCAAUGUAUUAAUGCUGACACUUGUCAUUGUAAUAAGGGAUGGUUUGGUAGUAACUGCUCAAUUCAUUCGUGUAAUGGAACUAGUUCACAAGAUGUGCAAAACGUUUGUAAUGGAGGAAAUGGUCAGUGCAUUGGAACAGAUUUGUGUUUGUGUAACCAAAAUUGGGCUGGUCAGUUCUGUACUAUUCCUAAAUGUUAUGGCGUUAUUUCUACAGACGCUACAGUUUGCUCUACUCAUGGUAACUGUACUGAUAUUAAUACUUGCCAAUGUAAUACAGGUUGGUUUGGUCCAUUAUGUAGUAUUCACUCCUGCAAUGGAACUAGUUCACAAGAUUUAAAACACGUCUGCAAUGGUGGUAAUGGAGUAUGCAUUCAAAUGGAUAAGUGUGAUUGUAAAUCUGGUUGGACAGGCCAGUUCUGUGAAAUUCCAACAUGUUUCGGAUUAGCUUCAACUGCUAAAAAAGUGUGUGCUGGUCAUGGAGAUUGCAUGAGCUCUGAUAAAUGCUCUUGUAAUAAUGGAUGGUUUGGAUCUGAUUGUUCAAUUCAUUCUUGUAAUGGAACUAGUUCACAAGAUGAGCAAAAUGUUUGUAAUGGAGGAAGAGGUCAAUGUAUUGGCACUGAUAUUUGCUCAUGUAAUGAAACAUGGACAGGUCAAUUCUGUGAAAUUCCUAAAUGUUUUGGAUUGAAUUCAAGUGAUAAUUCAGUUUGUUCCAGUCAUGGUCAAUGUAUUAAUGCUAACACUUGUCAUUGUAAUAAGGGAUGGUUUGGUAGUAACUGCUCAAUUCAUUCAUGUAAUGGAACAAGUUCACAAGAUGUACAAAACGUUUGUAAUGGAGGAAAUGAUUCUUCAAGUAUUUCCUCAUUUGGUUCAAAUGUAGUUUGUAGAUAUUCUAAUAAGACAUCCAAUGAUUUUAUUAUUGAAUUGGGAACUGAUAAUUCUAUUCAAGUUGAUCAAGAAAUUUUAUUGAAUAGAAAUGUGUUUAAUAGAAACAAAUUAGGAAAUGAUUAUCAAUCAUUCAAAAUUGGAAAUGCUGAAAAUCCCAUUCCACCAACAAUUUUAAUUUCUCAAAAAACAACAUAUUCAAGUUGUGAAAAUAUUCUAUUGGAUGCAAGUGAAAGUUAUUCCACAGAUGGAAAACAAAUUUCCUAUAAAUGGGAAAUUGUAUCUUCCAACAUGAUGACACUUCCAAACAAUAAUUCAAGCAAACUGUCAAUCACCUAUGACAGUAUAAAUGCUGGAAGUCAUACUUUCAAAUUGACAACUACAAGCCAAAUUUUGAAAACAUCCUCAUCUAAGCAAGUCACAUUCCAAAAAUUGAAUUAUGCAACACCUGUCAUUUCUAUUGAAGGAAGUGACAGCCUUUCACUUUCAACAAGCUCAUUGCCUUUGAUUGUAAGAAAAUUAAUCACAUUACCUUCUUGUUUACCUUCAAAAUCUGAAAUUAUUGUAAAAUGGGAAUAUUUGAGUGGAACUGGAAUGGAAUAUCAAGUUGACUCUUACAAUAACUUGAAGAUUGUUAAAUUUAAUGAUUUGACACAGUUAACACAUCAAGUUAAAGUUUCAUCAUAUUUGAAAGGCAAAGAAGAUCAAAUUUCAUCAGUCAAUCUUAAUAUCCAAAUGACAGCUAGACCACUAGUUGUUAACUUGAUCCAAAUUGAAUCAACAAUUGACCAAGUAAUAAUUGAGAUCGAAGAAAUUGAUUCUGAUUUGCAAACUAUUCCAUUCGACAGAGAAUGGUCCACCAAUAAUUUGAAUAACAAUGACAACAUCUUACAAUAUCUAUCAUCUAUCAAGAAUAAUACAUUAACAAUUACAAAAUCAUUAGUGAACGGUGCUUCUCAAUUCGACAUUUCAUUAAGGUCAAGUAAGGUUUCCAGAUAUUCCACUUCAACUCUCUCCAUUUUAUUCCCAGAAUCUCCUACACAAAUUCCACCUUCAAUCACACCAGCUAACUCACCACCAUCAAAACUGAAUAAGGGAACUUUAUUAAGCGUACAAAGUAUUGUUUCGAGUGCAAGUAACAAUAUUAUUAGAGAAUGGACAAUGAAUGGACAAUCUAUUCCUUCAGAUUUGACAAGUAAUAUGAGAAUGCAACUUUCCGAGUCUGAUGAAUUAAUUUUGGACACAUCUUCUUUGACAGAAGGUUCUACUUAUCAAAUUUCUUUCAAAGUUACUAAUGUUGAUUCUUUGUUGUCUGCUUCAUUGAAUCAUUCAUUUGUAAUUAACAAAUCACCAAAACCAUGUGACUGUCAAGUGUCACCUUUGAGUGGUAUUGCAAUGACAACAAUAUUUACUUUCAAUUGUCCAAAAUGUCAAAACGAUCAGAAUAGUAAUACUUUUGAAUAUGGUUUUAUUGAUGACUUUUCAAAAUCCAACUUUCCACUUUCUAAAACAGAAGAAUUAUAUCAAAAACUUCCAAUGCCAAAUUCUGGAAACAAAUUAGAUCUUUAUGUCAAGGUAAUUGAUUCAUUGACAGGAUCUAGCUCCAUAACAACCAAACAAGUUACCAUUUCUCUUCCAGUUGUCAAAAGUUUAGCAGAAAUCAAAGCAUUAACGUCUUCUUGGAACCAAAUAGCAACAUUGGCUCCUGUUGGUGAUUAUCAACGAAGUGUUUUCAAUACUGCAACCAUUUCUAGAACAAUGAAUUUAUUAUUUAACAGUAUAAGUUCAAAGAGAGAUUUUUGUAAUGGAAAUGGACAAUUUAAGGAUGGAAAAUGUGUUUGUAAUUUUGGAUUUACAACAAGAAAUUGUAAAUGGUCCACUGAAGAUUUUGAAUUUAUUCAAUCUUUAAUUAGAGAUUUAUUGAAUGAUUUUAUGGGUUCAAGUCAAAUCAUGACAACCGCUUCAGAAUCAACAAAUAGAAAUUACAUUACAAAUUUAUUAUUUGGAUUGAAUUCAAUUUCACAAAAUUCUGAAUAUCUUUCUAACCAAAUGGUCAACUCUAGUUUAAUUUUAUUGAGAGAUGCUUUGGUAUCAGUUCAAUCAAGUACUGCCUUUGUUCUGUCUAGAGGAGAUUUGGUCAACUUGCAAAAUAUUUUGAACUUGCAAGAAAAUUUAAUGGAUGGUGAAAAAUUAUUGCAAACUGUUGAAUUAUUAGGACAAGUUUUAUUGAGAAAUGUUUUAAUUGGUCAAACACCAUUUAAAUUUGAAACUAACAGUUAUUUGACAGUUUUAAACAAACAUUUCAAGAAUCAAAUGAAUGGAAUGAAAUUCGAAAGUGAGAUGGUGAAUAUCACGUUGCCAUGGAACAUUUCAUCUUUCUUGAAAACUAAUUCAAUCAAGUCACCAAUCAAGUACAGAUGGAAUAUUCAAAAAAAUACAGACACCAUUGCAAUUGCAAAUCAACCUGGAAAGAUAAUAUCAAUCAAUUCAGUUGCGAAUAGUUUACAACUUGAUCCUUCACCUCAAUCUUAUUCGAAAUACUUAUUCGACAUUGAGAUGAAACAAUACGACAGUCAGGCAGCUUAUGUUUGUGCCAACAUUGGAUCAGCAUCAUUGGAAACUGAUUGUUCCAUUUCUAUCAAGAAUAACCAAAUAGCAACUUGUGAAUGCUCUUCAUUAGGAUAUAAUCUUGUAAUUCUUGAAUACAAAUCCAUUGAAAAUCAUGUAUCAACCUCCUCUUCAUCAAAUUCAAAUAUAAUUGUCAAAAAACCUCCAACGAGCAAUCCAUUAAUGUGGUUAUUAUUGUUACUAGUCCUCAUUCCACUUACUGCCCUACUAAUUGCAGUAAUUGUAUGGUUUGUAGUAAAGAAACUGGGUAAAGAUAAGAAUAAUACAAGAAAUCCAUACAUGCAAACACAAGAAAGCAGUUCUACAAUUGAAUUGAAGCAUGUUUAA